UAGUUGACCUGUGCUUACGAUUGAAUUUCUUAUUGAUUUAUUCAUGUUUUAUUUAGGAAAUGGUAUUAACGCUUAAGAUUGUAUAAUUUAAUUCGUAAUUUAAAUUACUAACAAUGUGUUCCGAAUCAAUGCCCAAAGAAUUUGAAAAAGCUACCGAAGUAUUACCUAUAGUUACAUAUGGUAUAUCAACAAUUGAAGACCUUAGAAGGGCUGAGGCAGAAAUCCAUUUGUUAGAAAAACUAAGACGAGCAGGCCUCACUGCUUAUGAAGUGAAACUGUAUCAAGAAAACGAAGCCGGAAUUGUCGACCAGCGCACUAAGAUAGAGUCAUCAGUAUUAAAAGCACAGCUGGAAGCUAUUUAUGAAAAAAUCAGUGAUUAUGAACAGUCUGAGAGUUUAAAACAAUCUAAAGAACAACCGAGUGCCUCGAAAAAUACACCUGAAGAUGUUUUUGAGAGGCUCAAAGAUAAGCCCAUUACUAUUUACCCUGAUCCCCAUCCUAAUAAGAACAAUAAGAAAGCCAAUGGAGACAUCUAUACCCCUGAGAUAAUUCCUAUUACAAAGAGGCGAAAAUCAUUGCGACGUUUUGAAAGAAACAAGGAGAAAGUGUUGUCCCAAGAUGGGCAAAUAAAUAUACCUGUACAUGACACACCUGUUGUAAACAGGCCGGGAAGCCUAUGGGAUGUCAAAGAGUUACCAAAGAAACAGCAGAACGUAGAGGCUACCAACAACUGUGAUACAAGUCCAAAGAAAAAUACAAUGUAUACAAUAAGAAAUAAUAAGAUUGUGAGGCUGGAACCACUGCCAGGUGACCAGGGUGUCCUGGAGGAUGAAUACCAAGCUGUUGAUAUAGUUCUGCCCACAAAUUCUGCUGAACAACAGCUGCUAGAAGGCACCAAGAUGGCUGUGGAUGAUAUACGGAAAAUUGAAAGAUUCAAAGAUUAUGAACCUGGGAUACCAUCUAAGGUGUUGUAUUUAAAGAAUAUUGCGCCAUCUGUGAGUGAGGAGCAACUUUCGCUGCUGUUCAAUCAGUUUAUGUUAGAGAAUGGUGGACCUGUGGAGGUGACACUCAUGACUGGACGUAUGAGAGGGCAGGCAUUCGCUUCUUUGCAAAGUGAGGACUUGGCAAUCCGAGCGUUGGACGAGGUAAAUGGAACCAUCCUGAGUGGUCGACCGAUCAUCGUGCAGUUUGGGCGAAACAACACUAACAUGGAAGAUGAGAAUAGAUAAGCUGCAUGCUAUCAUAUUUACUUGGUUUCCUAAUAUAAGGAUAGUUAAAUUGCUACCUUACCAGUUUGUAUUUUAUGUGCAAGCACUUUGGUGAAAGCGUGCUUUUAUGGGUCAAACGAAUCUCAUGUCAACACUUAUUUAUUGAAAUUAUUUUAAUGCACAAUUAUAUAAAUAUGACGACCAAGAGCAUGAUCCUAGAUACUAUCGGGUAUCAGUCUCACAAUGUCAUUGACAGACUGAGGUCAGUCAGUGGCAUUAUUGUUCCUUUUAUUAUUACUAUAUAAUAAUAUUAUGUAAAAUUAUUGAAUACAAUUGUUAUAUUUCUUCAGGCAUGCAUGCAGUCUAUGCUUGCUUGCCAGUGUUAAGUUUUUUGUUUUAUAUUUAUACUUAAUUUUAUAAAGUUUAAGUUUGUUUGGUUGAUUGCAUUUAAUAUCAGCAACUACUGGUUUGAAUUGAAAAUUUAUUUUAAUAU